UCAUUAUGGCUAUUUAUUCAUUCAUAUAAUAGUGAAUUAUAUUUAGUUUAAUAAAGAAUGUCCUUAUAAUCUUCACACACAUAACUUAGACUGACUUCAUGACAAUAACCCAUACCUGUCACCGCUUGUUUCCUACUGUAUUCUCUAGAGGGCGCUAGUCAGAAAAAUGUAUCAAAACUCUGCCGAUUUCAGCCAUUACUGCAACUCUUUUGUGUGUAUGUCAAGUUAAACAUAAUUAAAUAGAUACUUCCCUUUACUGCUUUCAAAACAAAAGUCUUAUUACAAAAGCUAAACGACCAGGCUUUUGUUUUGAAGAUACACUGUCAUUACAUCCGGCGUAACUCAUGGUAACUGACAAAGCUAACUACUGUCUUUCAGCAUCACCCAAACAUUAGCUUGUUGAGUGGCUUUAGCUCGCCAAACUCUUCAGAAAAAUAGAGCUCCUAGUCGCGCUAAUCUAUGAGUCGCAAAAGAAACCACAGUUUCGCUGAAACGAGCCUGUCUCCUGAGCUCCACGGCGCCUUUAUGGAGCCACCCGGGUCAGCGAGCCGAGCUGACGGCGAUUUCCUGGAGCUGGAGCACGACGAGGAGCUGCUGUGCUCGGUCAGCGACAUCACGGAGCAUCUGGGCAGAAACAUCACCGUGGUGCUGGAGACAGCGCUGGCUGACAUCCGCAAGAUGGUCAGCAUCAGGAUACGAGUCCUCAAACUAGAGCUGCGAGAGAAAAGCGAGGAAAUAGAAGUGUUGAAGGCGAGACUGAGCGCAGUCCAGAGGGAUGGGAGAGAGCCUUUCCCCGGCGGAGGCUCCAUGGAGCCGUCUGCAGAUGGAGGCUUCAAGAAACACGACUUCAACAAACAGAGCAGCGUGGACCCCAGGAGAGCCAAGGCGCUCAUGCCCGGGGUGAAGAAGGAGAAUAUAGAUGCUAUCUGCGAUUAUCUCAUGAAAGAUAAGAACUCGAGGGGCUGUCCUGAGAUGGACGGAGACCAGAGCAGCCAAGCCAGCAGCGACAGGGAGGCUCGCCAAGACCCGGACCCGCACUCCCUCAACCUGUGGCCGGACAGCGGCAUGGCUGGCCCCGGGCCCGGCCACGGAGACUCCGAGUCCACCACAGACGACCUCUUCAGCAUGCUCCCCUCUGGCAGCAAACGGAUGUAUGACUACGAGUGGAUAGCCCCGAUGGAGUACUCCUCCGAUCUGAAAGUCAUGAAGGAGCCUGAGUGUGAGGAGGACCCGACCGGUGACACAGAGGAUGAUGAGGAUGAAGAGUGUUCCAGGAGGGAUGGGGGUGGACUGGAGCAGGCCCAGGCCCCACUGUCUCACGUCCAGCCCUCUGACUUCUCCAUGGAGCCCCAGAGCUCUCCAGGCGAGGGAGGGAGUCCCCUGGAGGACAACACAGACAGGCCUGUGGCAGGUCAGCAGUUCCCCGGCCACACCUACAUCUGCUCUCUCUGUGGAACCUUCUGCCCUGACUCUGUGUUCCUGGAGGAGCAUGUCAAACUGAUACACUCAGACUCUGCCGGUGCCCAGGCUCUCCAGGCCCUGCAGUCCACCUGCGCAGCUGCACCCUCCCUGGGAGAUGGCAGCAGUGAUUCCAGGCGGGGCGCUGGGGGGCAGAACGAGGACGGCGCAGGAGCAGUGGGUGCUGCCGGCGUCGGGCGGCUGGGAGGGUCUGUGAAGAAGGAGAUUAAAAUCGAAGGGGGGUACGAGUGCGGGGACUGCGGCCGCCAUUUUAACUACCUUGGCAACCUGCGGCAGCACCAGCGUAUCCACACCGGAGAGAAGCCCUUCAUGUGUCCAGAGUGCGGGGAGAGGUUCCGCCAUGCGGCCCGCUUAAAAAGCCACAGGCUGGUACACAGCGGGGCUCAGAGCCCCUUCCCCUGCCCCCAGUGUGGAAAAGGUUUCUCAGUGCUAUCUGGACUCAAGAGACACCAACGGGUGCACACCGGCGAGAGCCCGUAUGCCUGUCCACAGUGCGGCCGACGCUUUAAAGAGCUGGGGAACCUUUACACCCACCAGAGGAUCCACAGCGGGGCCACGCCCUACUGCUGUCAGCAGUGCGGACGCAGCUUCCGCCACCUGGGAACUUAUAAGAGUCACCGCUGCACCCCCCCACAGUAACCUGACCAGCUGCUACGCUUUCUACACUUUCUGAUAACUAGAAACUUGUGUCAAAGACAGGGCAGCACUGACUCUGAGGCCUGUGUCUUUAUUGUCCGGCUCUCAGUUGACACUAGGGGAGGUGCAGGUCAUGUGGAGAACGGGGCUGGUAACCUGAAAUUUGCCCAAGCUUUGGUGUUUUGUAACAUUCAUCACGUUUCACACCUGAAUCUGGCAUCAAAGAAAACCGCGUCAUUGAGCUUGAGUUCAUUUUUGACCAUGGACACAUCAGUUUGAUGAUACAACGUCACAUAGACUCAGCAAAUGAGUUUGUUCACUUGUCAUGGAACUGUAGAUGUAAACUUCCAUUUCAUCAGGGUCUUUUAGGGUUUGGGCUGGUAUGAAAACUGGUCUGAUGUUUAAGGAAUAAUUUGGGAUUUUGGACAUUAAGUUGUAUGAAAUACUUGCCAGUAAUGUAGUGGAUACAGAGCUACUAGCUUUUUGAGCUCCGGUGUCGGAGUUGCGGCUGGUUCCGAUUGUAGAAUGGAUAGUUCCGGCAAGUUGGCAGUGUCCCAAAACUGCACGGCUUUACUCAACAAACUACGUGUACACUUAAAGAUCACCAGAAGUAAUAUUACUGCACGCUCAGUGUCAUUGUACUUACUGGCUUUUUCAGGAAACAAGAUAUAACCAGAUGGUUAUACACAAUUUGACCACUAGAUGUCACUCUUGACCCAGCAGUGGCUCCAUAUGGGAACAUAAUGAGACUGAUGACUCCACUUGGUGGCAAUAAAGCAACUCUAAGCUUCCACCACCAAUAAACAAAACAAGUAGAGGAAGUAGAGUGAGACUCACCUCUUCCAAAAUGUUUCCAUGUUAUCCAUAUUAUUAUUUAAGGUUUCUUUGAGACUCUGUUUCUGGUUUUGUGACCGCAAAAACAACAUGAUCUUCCAAUGAUCUCCGUCAUGUGGCUGGUCCUGGUUUGGCAGUCAAUUGUGCAGUCUGUCGGACACUAGUGGCGCCAUGACUCAUAAACAAACAUAACAUUAUGUUCAUCACAGAUGGCAACCUCCCGAUCUGACCAGUGAAGCACUGAAGUGCCAUAAGCCUGCAUUCUUUCGACCCAAUUCCAGGGGUCGUCAACGGUGGUUGCAAAAAAACUCCGGUCCUAUCUAUCUUAAUACAAAAUGAGACAACUUCUCACUUGAUUUAUUACCUCAGAAAAAUGUCUCAUGGCAACAUUAUGGUCUCAAUCGCUAGUUUUAAAUAUUCUCCAAGACAAUAUGAUGUUAAUUGUGCAAAUAAUGGCCCUAUUAAGAAGAAAAUAGAUGAUAAAGCAGGGUAUGAUUUGGGGGCGUGGCUACCUUUGAUUGACAGCUAGCUAUCAUGGCUAUCCGUGUACAUCUAAACAGCCAUGAACCUUUUUGUCUUGUUUUCUUCUCAGAACUUUGACCCUUUCACAGUGAGUUUUCAAUUUAUUUGAACAUUAUAUUUAUUUAAAAAUGUCUUGUUCAGCGUUCUGUUUUACUUAAAGACACUCCAAGGAGUCGGCUGUUCAGUUUUUCCAGUAAGUAACAUACAUUUUUUUUUAUUGUUAAGAGUUUUUUUUUUUAGAUUCACCCGUCCUCGCACCUCCCCAGUCCAAGUAUGAUCUCUCCUGGUUCCAAAAAACAAAAAUGUCGAAGGACGUAAAGCAAGAUGGCAUCAUCGGUAACACUGAACUUGCUGUCCACAAACCAAUGGGUGACGUGAUGGUAACUACGUCCAUUAUUUAUUACUAUUACUUCAAGAAGUCUGGCUGAUAUUUACGGAGCCUAGCCGGUGUCGUCCCCACUGCCCUCCGUUUCUCAGGUGGUGGUGAACACAAUCUGACGUGCACAGUUCAGAUCAUACAAACUCAGUUGAUACAACGAAUUUUGGACAAAUAAUGAAACGGACAACAAGUAAAACAUCUCCCUGUCUGAAAUUCUGUAAUUUAAUAUUCAUUUUGAGCAUUUAUAUCUUUUCCAAAAUGAUUUGGCGACCCCCAGAAAUAAUCUUGCGACCCCAAUUGGGGUCGGGACCUCAAGGUUGAGAAUGGCUGCUUUAAUGUAACAUUUCUCCAUCUUACUUUUCACUGCAGAGCAGAUGUGAUUAUUGUGGAAAGGGCAGUUUUCUUAAACAGACUAAAUACAAAAAUCACAAUAAUGGGUCGGCAGAUUCUUUAAUGACCAUAAAUAUAACUCGCAACCCCCACAGUGUGUCACAAUUACAAAUGGGGGUUCAGCCAGUUUGCAUAAAAUAAAACCAGACUCGUCCGGCAAAACCAGAAAUCAAUUCAGCUAUUCUUUGGAAAGUCUAAAAACAUUUACAGUUCCGUGACAACAGAGCAAACUUCUUCAGCUGAUUAAGAUGAUUCAUAGCCUGGAGCUCAGUUUGUUUUGUGAAACAGCUGAAUCAGAGGUAAUAAGGCACCACAUGCAGCAUGUAAGAGGUGACAUUUGACUGGGUGGCAUAAAGACACUGUACCAGCACUGCUUCUGCAUGUUUAACCUAGUUACUGUCAUUUGUUGAAAGGAUCAUUCCUGUUUUUUGCAACUUGGGUUUUUAGUUUACAGUUACAGGUCCAUAACAACUUCCUGCUGUUCUUACUGUGGUACAGUUGUGUACAGUUUUCUGUGCAGUGAUGGAUUAUUAGUGACAUUUCCACUCACUAACAUUGUUCGCCAUCCAAACUAAAGUGGUUUCAAUUAUCUGGAUAAACUGUUGGCUUGUUACCCAAGUUGUAAUUAACCAUAAUUGUCCAUUCGCUAUUUUCUGAAGCAUAUCUCAGUAUGAAUUUCAGCUUGAAUUCACUUGAAGCUGAAGCUUGAGAUAGGUAAUCAGUCAAAGCAAACAUCCCUGGAUCUAGUUUUGCAAAAGUAUGUAUGCUUGAGAAGUAACUGUUUUUGCCUUCUUCAUAAAGAACUGCAAGUCUCGUCCACUAAUCGCUGCCGGAGAUGCUUUCAUAUUUACUGAUGUGUUAUCAGACAUGCUGGAUUAACAUAUUUAAUGUUUCACGGAUACCUGAAGAAGCACCCCCCUGUACUUUGUUUUAACUCAGGGCUGAUUUUGUUCUGAACUAAGGCUGUAAGAUAUCGGAUUUUAACUUUACGGUUUUUUCAUGGCAAAAAACAUUUUAUCAUGAAGAUAUUGUAAAUUUGUCUAUUAUCAAUCACAGUAUCGCAUUAUUGUGUUUUGCGAUACUCAGAGUCAGAGUCAGAUUUUCCUUUAUUGUCAUUGCACAAAAUAAGUACUAGUACAACGAAAUUAGCCAUCAAGCCGUCCAAACGUAUACUUAAAACACAUAUACAAUAUGACAGAGGUGGACAGGACUGUGUUGAUUCUCAAGAGCACUAUCGAUCUUUAACUAAUGGUUUACAUGCAAAUAAUUAUAGUAGUGGUUUGUUUUUGGUUACAUUUAAACCCCGAACUGCUAAAUGGCAGUGUUGUAAUCUAUCUUCAUCCUAAAGUGAGACAGGAAGUACUGUAAGGGUGCACCAUUGAUGUAUAAAAAUAUAUUGCGAUAUAUUGAAUGGUAGGCCCUGUAUCAUGGUCAUACCUGUCACGUAUCCCGUUUUGGCUGGGAAAGUCCCGUAUUUUACCCUUCUUUCCCGCCGUCCUCCCGUAUUAGUAUUUUCCCGUAAAUCUCCCAUAUUUUAACCGGUCGCGGGCGGAGCAAAAAAACCCAACAUACUCCCAGUCUGAGCUCUGUCACUAGUCUUGCAAUAACUGCCACCCGCAGUAGCUACUACAGGUACUGUAGGUGGCAACUGUCACAAGGUUAGUGUGUGACGUCAGAUGAGUAACAACCAUAGACUGUAUGAAAAAUGGACGUGGUUCGUCUCUGGUGGUACACCUGGUAGAGCGCAUAUAAAUGGAGACCUUAGAGUCUUUGUGAGCGGGCAGCCCGGGUUUGAAUCCGGCUCGGAGCACUUUCUUUCUGUCUUCCCCUUUCACUUUGAACAUCUCUCUAUUAAUAAAGCUAUAAAAUGCCCAAAAAAUAUCUUUUAAACAAGUAAUGGACGUAGACACCAUUACGUCACCCAUAGGGUCCUGACUAACUGAUUAAUCCAGGUGUGUCUGAUUAUUGUUGUUAUGAAAACUGAGGUCAGCCACACCUGGAUGAAUCAGUUUGUCCAAUAAUGGCAGACAGGAAACAAAGGAGCUGGCUGAAGUUCAGGAAGUAGUGCAGCUGUGCAUAAAGCCAAUUGUAGUUUAUAAGUGGUUGACAAGUGGUGAUCUUAGCUUUCUUGUACACCUGUCCUAAAAUGUAAGGGAUACUGGAGGUUGGUUGGGGUGGUGGGACUGCCCGCAACGGGCGCUGGAAAAUGCCCCUUCUUUUCAAAUACAAAACUUGACAGGUAUAAUCAUGAUACUUAUCGUUUUUCAAGGUGCACAUCUGUUGAAGCUUGACAACAUGGUAGUAACAUUUACUGCAACUGACCGCUCCUGCAGUUCUUUGUGAAAGAGUAAAAUCCACAUCUUAUCAGCCUUUAAAGCCUACAGGGGGGAUGUUUGCUGCCACAGUCACAUAAAAUAUAUGUUAAUUUAAUUUAACAAUCCAUUUAUUAUUUCAUUAUGGCAGAGUAACUAGAGGUAAAACUGGUCUUAAUGCUGACUGGAUUACCUUUCUCAAAUAUGUUUUAUUUCUCUUUCUUUUCAAAAUAAAGACUCAGUAUCCCAAAGUAAUGACUGAGCAUCUCAAAGAUAAUGACAAAACUCAAAACAAUGACUUAUUUGAAAUCAUGAUUUAAAAGUACCAUCUCAAAAUAAUGACCAAUUUUCUUAAAAUAGUCAUGUAUCUUAAAAUAAUAAGCAACCCUCUAAAAAAUGGGACCUAUCUCGGAUAAUUGACUAAAUUUCUCAAAAUAAUAAUUAAAAAAAGUUUUUAAGUUUAUAUGAUCUGAUAAAAGAUACUAAUUUAAUACUAAUACUAAUUUGAGAUAUUUUGACACUGAUGCACAACAGAAGAUUCUCCCAUAAAAAAAAAGACUUGAAUCAAUGCAACAUUUAAAGUGUUGAAUCCAUCUACAGGGUUGAAUCCAUUCAGUCAUUUGCACCUUCACCUGCUGAGCCUCCAGGCCCUCACUCUGUGGUGAUGCAUGAAUCACCAGCACCCACAUGUGGACAGACUGUGUAACUACAAGAGAAAAGAUCCUGGCCAUACGCUUGACUGUCUUUUAUCAUGACACUGCUUGGUGCUAUGUGUAGAGCAGAAAGUUUAUCUUAUAAAUUUUAACCAGUGUAAUGUAUGUUACAGACUAUAUAUUGGUUAUUUUAUACAUUUGCCUGUAUGACACAACUUAAAAUAGUGUGAUGAUUAAAAAAAUAAAAAAAACCCUUGAAGGAAAACGACAACACAGGAGCCCAGUGUUUUCACUCUGAUCCAAUUCAGUGAAAGCCUAUUAGGAGAGCUGACCUCAAGCUUGUCUGUGUGUGAGUUGUAGGUUUUAACACUGUGUGGAAGACUAGAAGCAAGAAGACAACUUACCCAAACCUGUGAAACACUAACCAUUGACAAUCUGCGUUCUAAUAAACAGUUCUC